CAAAAUUAACUGCCAAUGAAUACUAUGAUGACGUGGCAACAACUAUAUAAGCUGAUGGUCACCACAUAAAACAAAACUUUCUUCCCUUCAUUCCCUCUAUAAAUUGAUUUUCACUUUUGGGUAUAAAAACAGAAGAACCCGUGGUAACCGAACCCGGAUCCGACAUCUGUCGGAUCCACAUUUCAUCUUCCUUCUGGUGGGCUUCUUCCCAUAUCAUUGCUCAUAACAAACAUCAUCAUUUCUUUCAGAUAAACGAGGGCGCAAAAGGUUUAAAAAAUCAAGGUAAACGCAAAUUCGUUACACCAAAAUGGGGAAGAACAGGAAUUUAGGAAACAGUGUUCUUGUUCAUAGCACCUCUAUUUGUAGAAACACAUCAACUUCCACUUCCACUCCUAACCUCACUCAGAUAGACUGGCACCACACCCGAUUUGAUUCUACUUCUAACGUCAUUUGCCAAGAAGAAUCGUGGAUUGACUCGGUCAGUGAAGUUGAUGAGUCUGAUUCCGACGAUGAUUCGAGUAGUGUUCAUGACGGCGUUUCCGAAAGAUACUUUUGUCAUCCCCGUGCAGGGUCGUUGAUUCCAUGUUGCACAUAUAAGAAGUUAACCCCUGGAUGUUGGUCUGCCAUCGACCCCUCGAGUUUCACUCUUCGAGACGAAAACUUUUUCAAACACAAAACAAAGAGUCCUGCCCAAAGUUAUUGUCCUUAUACUCCAAUCGGUGUUGACCUCUUUGCAUCGUCAAGAAAAGUCAACCACAUUGCGCAGCUUCUCGAGCUUCCUCCGGUCAAAGGCCAUGGAAUGUUACCUCCGCUUCUCAUCGUCAAUAUUCAGUUGCCUACUUAUCCUGCGGCUAUGUUCAACCGCGAUUGUGAUGGCGAGGGUUUGAGCCUUGUUUUAUAUUUCAAACUAUCCGAAACGUACGAGAAAGAUGCGUCUUUUCAGUUUCAAGAAAGCAUCAAGCGUUUGAUGGAAGACGAAAUGGAAAAAGUGAGGAGAUUCACGAAAGAAUCGUUUGUAUCGUUCAGAGAAAGAUUGAAGAUUAUUGUGGGUGUUAUGAAUCCUGAAGACAUUGUUUCGAAUAGCACGGAAAGGAAGCUCUUGCAUGCUUAUAAUGAAAAACCGGUUCUUUCACGCCCUCAACACAAGUUUUAUCGGGGAUCGAAUUACUUUGAAAUUGACCUGGAUAUUCAUCGGUUUAGUUACGUAGCAAGAAAGGGAUUAGAAUCAUUUCGUCAACGCUUGAAAAACGGGAUUCUGAAUCUCGGGCUAACUAUUCAGGCUCAGAAGCCUGAAGAAUUGCCAGAGAAAAUGCUUUGCUGUUUGAGAUUGAACAAGAUUGACUUUGUGAAUCAUGGUCAAAUUCCCACACUUGUUGCUCAAUGAUGAAAAGUCAACUGCAACUCUUUAUGCUAUCUACAGACAGACACACUAAAGAUGACAACAGUUAUGUUUUUUUUAUUGAUGUACUGAAUUGAGUGGUGUAAAUACAUACAGAUAAUAUACAAACAACGCUAUUUUUUUAAUGAUUCCGAGUUUAUAUGAUGUCGUGUUUCUAGGGGAUAAACAAACGUUUGUUUUAUGUAGAAUGCCGUUAUGAGUUCUCA